UGACGGAUGUUAGGUUGAAUGAAGUACGCAGGGUCCGAAACUCGUGGGGAAGCUCGCCAUCAGCACACAGUGCCCACCAGCGAGACGAGUCCUCCGGCGGCUAGAGAAGACUCCGGCGCGUGGGGGCGAGGGGCCUCCUCUCUAUGGUUUGGUGUGGGCGGAGCGCUCUCAAAGCCUGCUGGGACGGCGUCACCUCCGUUCUAACUUGUGGCGGGAGUUGGACGCGCUCGUCCGUGGCUGACGCCGGAAGAAUGUCUCAGGACGCCGAUGUAGAGGCGAACCGGGUCGUGCUGGAGACAUUCAGCAGCUGGUCUCGAGAGGACUGCCGCCGGGAACUGCCUUCGGCGCUGCCUCGGCUCCUCUCUAUGUAUCAGCAUUCUGAGAGUUGGAUUGAACAUAUACGAAUUUUGAAAAUCAUUACUGAUAUGUUUUUGCCUCAUGUGAAUCACCUGACACUGGAACAGAGUGUCUUUUCCCAAAUUUUACCAAAGACUAUAAAAUUGUUUGAUGGAAUGAUAUAUGAAUUAACCACUCAAGCUACAGAACUCUCAAGCCAAAAUUUAGAAAUCCAGAUCACUCUAAGAAAUAUUUUACAAACAAUGGCGCAGAUCUUAGGAGGCCUUACAGGAUUUGUUCAUCAUGUAUGUACCACACAGGAAUCAGUCAUUCUAGAAUAUAUUCAUAGUCUUCCCUCAUCCAUCCUGCAUAUAAUUAAAAAGACAUUUGUACAUUGUAAGAAUAGUGAGUCUCUGUAUUCUGGGCGCUUACACCUACUGUCAGACCUUCUCCAGGGUCUUUUCAGGGAGGCCUAUUCUCUCCAGAAGAAGCUGAUGGAACUGCUGGACAUGGUCUGCAUGGGCCCUUCAGUAGAUGAAAAUAACAUUUUGUUGAUGGUGGAAGUUAUUCAUUCCUUAUUGGAUGUCUGCUCUGUUAUCUCCAGUAUGGACCAAGCAUUUCAUGCCAAUACAUGGAAGUUUAUAAUUAAGCAGAGCCUUAAACAUCAGUCGGUUAUAAAGAGCCAGUUGAAACACAAGGAAAUUAUUUCUAGCUUGUGUGAAGACAUUGUUUUCUCCUUCCAUUCCUGUUUACAGUUAGCUGAGCAGAUGGUACAGCCGGCUGCACAGGAUAAUGCUGACUACAGAAUAUUUCAGAAAACACUCAAAUUGUGUCGUUUCUUUGCUAAUUCCCUUUUGCACUACACUAAGGAAUUUCUCCCUUUCCUGUCUGAUUCUUGCUGUAUUUUGCACCAGCUUUAUCUUCAGAUAUACAGCAAGUUUCCCCCAAACCUAUGUGCUGCCAGGAUUUCCAAAGCACAGCAGGAGGAGAUAGCAGGCACUUUCCUUGUGGUACUGGACCCACUCAUCAGUCAGCUGCUCACAUCCCAGCCUUUCGUGCAGGCAGUUUUGGAUAGUAAACUAGACCUGCCCUGUGAACUGCAGCUCCCACAAGUCCUACUCCUGAUUGUUGUUACGGAUAAACUGCCCUCUCAGCCUAAGGAUGUACAGACCCUGUGGUGCACAGAAGCUACGGCUAGGGUGUCCCUAAUCAAAGCUGUUUUCUACAAUUUUGAGCGGUGUUCUGGUGAACUCUCUCCGACUGCUCCUUUACAGGGAGUAAAGGAUAAUGGGCAAGCUGAGGUCACUUUGUAUCAGCACGCUUGUGUUCAUCUGUGUGCGUUUGUGGCUUCUUUUCAUCCCUCACUGUUUCCGGAGCUGGAUGCUGCUCUGUUGAAUGCUGUGCUUAGUACUAAUAUGACCACCUCAUUGUUAGCGAUGGAUGUGUGGUGUUUCCUUGCUCGAUAUGGAACAGCUGAACUUUGUAUGCAUCAUGUCACCUUAGUGGCUCAUCUGAUAAAAUCUUGCCCUGGAGAGUGUAUUCAGCUUACCAACCUGACAUUACUGUUGAGGCGUCUCUUUUUCUUCAUGACCCCACCCCAUCAGGUGGAAUUUAUCCGGAGAUUUUCUCCGAAAGAAGCUGACAACUUGCCUCUGUGGCAGUGUAUUUCUUUCCAGUCAUUGUCUGCUGAUCUUAGGAAACAAGCUGCGUGUGAAGUGAUCAGAGUAUGCACAGCACAGUGCAUAAAAUGGUUGAGCAGCAGUCAUACUUUGUCAGAACUUGACUAUCUGAACACAGCACUCUCGGCUUUGCUUACCGUAUGUAAUUCUGCUGGUGAUGCUUUGGAUAUUAGACAGCAAACUUCAGUUACUGAAGUUGUCAGUCAGCUUUGGGCUUUUAUAAACAUUCAACAAGUAAUCAGUCAACCCUAUGUUCAACAGGCAUUUAGCCUUUUACUUCAACUACUGGCAUUUUUCAUCCAAACUGUAGAUCCACAACUGAUAAGUCAGGUAGUAACUUUACUGACCUCAUUACUUAAAUUAGAGCCUCCCGACCAUGUCUCUCUGGCAGCGCUGGAUUUCAUAUCUUCUCUGGGCAGACUUUUUAUACCUCAGGCUAUCCAGGACAAAGUGCUGCCCAACCUGUCUUGUAUUUUUGCUUUACUGUUAGCCAGCAAGAAUUGGCUGCUCGAGCAACAUACGUUGGAGGCAUUUACUCAGUUUGCUGAGGGAACAAAUCACGAGGAGAUAGUUCCACAGUGUCUCAAUUCUGAAGAAAUCAAGAACAAAGUUGUAGCCUUUUUGGAGAAGACAGGACUUGUAGAUGAAACUGAAGCUGCCAUAGUGGACCAUGUGAAACAGGAGAAAGGCACUUUCUGGGAACCCGCUGCUAAGGUGACUGUAGGAGAAGCAAAUGGGUUGGCUCUACAGCCUUGUACAAAAAGAGCCCGGCAUGAGUUGCCCUUCGAAGAAGAGUAUAGGUUAGCAUUUCAAGCAGCAGCAGGGGCUUUGGAGACAACGGAGAUGUUACUCCAGCAGGCCCCCGCUCCAGACUGGCUGGUAAUGGAACUGGAGGCACUGCAAGAAAAGAUUGAGAAGCUAAAAUGCUGUGUACCUGAGGGUAUAUGAACGGACUCUCUUAGUUGACAGAACUGGGUUUGACUGAGUCUUUAUCAGCUGCCUUGCCUGGCUGUUUUGUAAAUUACGAAUGUAAAUUAUGUUUGUACAUUUUCAUUGCACAUAUAAAACUUUUAUAAAUGUGAAAAUAAUCUUUAUUUGA